AUGCUGUGCCAGGACUUCUUGAACAACUACUUCUUGACCAAUGCAGAACGAAUCAGACACGACAAGGACCAUGUUGUCCUACAUGUUCCCAAGGAAGGACCUGCUUCAGCGGAAAUGGUUGAAAACCAUUGGAAGCUGGCAUUGGAAUUCUUUGCUUCAUCCCCCGACUACAACAUUCCCAAUUUGAAGAUCCAUCAGGAGACUUUGAUCUGUUUGGCAAAGAGAUAUGGCAUCUUUGCGAAGCAGAAGGGCUAUGGCCGCAUAGUGAAGGAUUGGGCUCGGCAAGAAGCUCCUGCUAUCCGAUGUUUGCUGGUCCAUACCUUGAGUUUGGUGAAUCGCAGCAAGUCUUCCCGCUCGCCUUACAUCCGGACCUUGAAGGAAACUUUGCAUUUGCUCCUGGCCCAAUCAGGAGCAUCUCCAGAGGCAGGAAUUGAGGCAGCGCUGGAGGCAGCCACUGCUCAGGAGGAAGGCGAGGAGGCUUCCACACCAUCUUCAACCUCUGCAUCCCCACCAUGUGGGAUAAAGGCACCCACGCAUCGGCAUCGUGGCAAAGCUCCUCAGAAGUCGAUGGAUGAGUUGGAGACGCAACUUGAGAUGACCAUGGAUGAACUGAUGGCGGAGCCGGUGGAGCCCACAGGUCAGGAUGACACCAGCAGGCGUCAAGCUGCGAAGGACUGGUGUGCUACCAUGCAUGAGACCAAACCUUUGAUGAUUUUGAAGCCCGACAUGCCAGAUGUGUCAGCCAGCUCCGUCAAGUUGGAAGAGGUGGAGGUGAACACUGAUGCUUAUAAAGCCCAGUUGGUUCAGCAAAAGGCCAAGCGGGUUGAAGCAGCUGAAGCUUUGCUGUCCAAGGCAAAUCAAGAUCCCAAAGCUGUCAAGAAAACACAUACCAAGAAUGCACGCGGCCGGGGCCGCGGGGGUCGUGGCAGGGGGCGCGGCAAAACCCCCAACCAAGAUGACCAGGAACCUAGUGCAACCACUGCUGAUGAUGAACAUAAGGAGGGCAUGGGUGAUGAGCAUGUUGAUGAAAAGCCAGGCGAAGGUGAUGAAGGGAAUUCCGUCCCCGAAAACAACGGAGAAGGUGGUGAGGCUGAUGGCAAGAAGAAGUACAAGAGAAAGACAUUCACCAAUGAUGAGUUAGAUGUGAUGUGGAAAGACCGUGUUCAAGAGUUCAAGCAGAUUGGCAUCAACAUUCCGGAGGACUACGAUCACUUGGCCGCAAAGAGCUUCACCUUGAAGCCGCCCGCAUCCCGGGAUGAUCUUGGAUCCCUGGGUGUGCUGUGGACUUUGGAUCAGAUCUACGUGAACCGCGUAAUCAACCCCGGUGCUGACACGUCGGUGAAGACGAAUAAGAGGGAUGGGGCAACACUGAGAUCCUAUGGCAUUGAUUGCCGGAGCUUCGAUAUCCUGAAGAAUCCCUUGCACGAUCUUGCUUCGGCCGAGGGGUUUUGCAUAGCCUUAACCAAAACCCUCAGAGUCAAACGCAAUGGCGUUAUUUGGGGAGGAAAUCCAUGUUCAUCGUGGAUUUGGAUCUCAGCCCACAGUACGAAACGCCGCAGCUCCCUGGGGGUUAUGGGUGACGAAGAGGUUCCCUCAGUGGCCCUUGCUAAUUGCCUAGCGGCAAGAUUCGCACUUCUGGCUAUGGUUUGUGUGGUAAGGGGACUGUUUUGGUGUGUGGAGCAGCCAAUGUCUUCACUUCUUCCCCAAUGUCCAUAUAUGGCCCAUGUGUUGACCAAUAUGAUGCCAGCGUUUUUCCAGCGCACUUGGCUUGGUGCUUUUCAGCAUUGGUGCUGUAAGCCUACACAGCUAUUUGGGUCGUGGCCGUCAUUGGAAGAAUUGAAAGCUACUCUGUCAAAGCAACAACGACGAGCCUUGAAAGAGAGUUCAGAUGGCAUGUACACCAAGAAGAAGCGUCCCGAUGGUUCUACACAAGCUGCCCAAGAGGCGAUAGCUCAAGGAGAACGUCGGAAAAAACUUGUGCAGUCAGUGGUUGGGGUUGGUGCUGGGCCUACAUCUCAAGUCCUUGCCAAAAGGGACCGGAGUGAAGUUCUUAUGACCCCUUCCACACAAGUUACACCCGAGACUGUCAAGAAGCAUUGCGAAGGGCAUGUGACACCGCGGGCUUUGAGUUUUUCUGGUGCUGAAGGCAUCCCUGCAGCAGAGCAUCCAUCACCGGUACCAAGCAGCACACCUGAGGGUCCCGCACCACCUCAUGCAGUUGUGAGCGCAUCACCCGAACCAGCAGCCCCAGCCCCAUCUCUCGCAGAAAGCCCACCCCUAGAUGGAAACACAGCUGCAGCCACCCCAAUCCGUGAAGUUGCAACUUUGGGCACACCUUUGACAGCAACCCCACCGCCCCCUGACAUCCCACCGACUGAACCUGACACCACAACUCCAGCACCGGCAUCAGCAGGCAAUGGCACACCUGUUGCAAAAGCACCCCCGAUGCAACCCCCAGCACCAGCACAGACAGCAGCCCGAGAAACCGAAGAUUCUGUGAAAGAGGAACGCGCGCGCUGGGGGCGAUUCACCAGGAGAUCACAGUCAAAGAAAGCCCCCCCUGAGAUUGCUUUGAAGUUUCGCCAAGCACAAGCGGCCGCUUGGCUUGCCCAUUCCAAGUUUUAA